AUUUUUGCAUUGCUAUUUUUGUACUCCGGCCCAGCGUAACGAAUUUAUUUAACCGUACUGACUCCGUAACGAAUAACAAACAACUAGAGCCGUUAACGUACUUAUAUCGCACAUGAUUUAGACUGGAUCUGAAAUAACUUUAACGAGUUUCCGUGCAGUUACACUGUGAUUGCUCGAAGAAAAUGGAUUUAGAUCGAGAUACAUCUAACACCGACGAGUGUCUCGAGACUGCACUGCAAAUAUUUGACUUUUGCGGUGCUAAGAGUACCGGUACUUUACAUGUGGGUGCACUCAUGGAUAAAUUCGCUCCUUCCGUGAAGACUAACAAUGCUGAAUUUAGCUACCUGAAAACCCUACUAGACCCUAACCAGAGCAAUCCGGAGAUAAACGUGCCUCAACUGGCCAGCGCACUGAAUGCUUUCACUGACAAUCAGAAGACCAAGCUAGACCUUGAUGAAAGUUUCAACUUGAAGAGCGGCAUGGGGCCUCAGGACUCUGAUUCUGGUAUUUCUAAUGAUGGCUACGUAAUCCUGGAAGAGCUGCAAGCCGAGCUGCGCGAGAAAUCCCACUUGGCUGCCAAACUCCGCAGCCAACUGGACUUCACCGACCGACAGCACGAAGAGGCGCUGGCCGCGCUCAGCGCCGAGCGGGACUCGCUGCGCUCACACCUCAACAUGCUCCGUGAGGAAAACAUGACAUUGACCCACGAGCGCCGUGAUUACGAGGAAGCGUGCGAGCGACUGUGCAGUAGCGAGCAGGCGCUGGGCGUGGCCAAGCGUGAGCGCGACACGGCGCAGCGGCGCGCCACCGCCGCCUUGGAGCAGGCCGCUACUCUAGAGGCCGAGAAACUAACCCUACAAGAGCUUCUAAGCAAGUCCAAAGAAGAAUGCCACCGCAUCAACGAGAUGUACGCGUCGCGACAAGCUUCCCUUCUAGAACAGAACGAGCUGCUGAAGCGGGAGAGAGCCGAGCUGGCGACGCGGCUGCAGGACCAGGAGGAUCUGGUGCAGCAGAUGCUGAAAGAGAAGGUGAUCCUGGAAAUGGAGCUAAAGGACGUCCUGAACCGCUCCAACCAAACACAGCUGCGGCUCGACCGCUCUAUUGACGUCAGCUACACCGAGGACCAGAUGCUGACGGCUCUGGACACUCUCAACGCGGACAGCCGGUUCUCUUCAGAUAAUCAUGUGUUAGAAGAAGAGGCUUUCAUUAAAGUGCUUAAAGAUCAGGAGCUUGGACGCGCCUCCAACUUAUCGCUAUUCGACGAGAUUCGACUCAGCUUUUGCAAUAUGACCCGACAUACACCUGACGCCUCUGGCAACAUAUCCAAAUCACUAUUUGAAUACAAUGAUAACGUAGACACGUCAAAUACGGACACUCAGACUGACGAAUUAAAGAAAGUAACUAAUAACAACGAAUGUGAAUGCACUAAAACAUGCGUCGAAUGUGAAAAGUUACAAAAUGACUUAGUAAAUGUCCAAAAUGAUCUUAAAACUGCCAAUAACAAUGUUUCUCUCAUGCAAACGGAACUCGUCGAGUGUGAGAAGGAAUUCAAAGAGUUACAAAAGCGUCUUGAUGUUAAAAUCGAUAAAAUAACCACUGAGACACAAACAGAUGACCCGAUAUGUAGUAAUUGUAAGGAGAAAACUGUAGAAUGUAAUAAAUUAAAGGACACACGUGCCAAAUUAAGAAUAGACCUUAAGAAGACUCAAAAUAAGGUUUCAAAUGCUGAAAAAGAGUUGAUUAAGUCUCAGUUAAGCUUGAAGACUUUACAAGAUUAUAUAGAGGGUUUAAAAGUAGAACGUUGUGAAACUGGGACGCAGAUAGAUGAUCCAAUGCAAAUUGCUCCUUCUGUCGAUAACAAUAACGUUGAAAUUUGCAAUGAUUGCACAAAGCAAUGCUUAAACUGUGACAAAUUACAGGAUUACAUAGCUAAAUUAGAAAGCGACAUAGCUCAAGCAAAUAACAAUUUAGCUGAUAUGCAACUAGAUUUGGACAAAUAUGAGGACACAUUGAAUGUCUUACAAAAAUAUUUAGACGAAGGCGCGAACAGGAAUGACUUUUUAGAUGCAAUGUCACAGAAUUUACAAGCUAAGCUUGAUGUAUUAGAAUCUGCAUGUAUGGCUCAGAAGGAGAAAAUUGAGAGUAUGACGUGUGAGAUGUCUUGUAUAGCAAGCCAAACUGACUAUGACGUGGCGUCAGUGGGCACGCAAGCGUUGGUGCCGUGCGUGCAGUGCGAGUCUCGCACCGCGGUCGCGCCGCAACGCAGUAUACGUAGACUCUUGUGGGAGUCCCUCAAAUGCCUGUUCCAAGCCUUCGCCGUGCUCUGCUUCAUCUUCGCCCUCUCUUCCCUGUACGGCGUGACGCGCCGGCGCGGCUGCGGCGAACGCGAGCUGCCGUGGCGGUGGCUCGAUGCGCAGGAGUUCAUGGAUCUGCUGUUGAGGAUAGAGUACGUCGCUGAUGUGCCAAUGUGAACCGUAAAGAGCCCACACUAGCAUCACUUAAGCGUCAGCGUCUAGCUCUAUGUCUGCUGCUCGACGAGACUAUGGCGCGCAACUGCGCAGCGACGACAUUUUCCAUAGCGCUGACGCUGUGUGGGGUCUCUCUAAGACGGGUAUAAGGUGGGAAGUAGAUUGGCAAGGAAAGCGAGCGUUUAUAUUAUACAAAUAACACCUACUAGGGAGCAUGUAAGGCCUUACACACGGGACGACCCAGAAAUGACUAAGUAGUUGUGAUGCGACCAUUGCGCGGUCAUUAUUCGAGUUGCCGUGUGUAAGAAAGGCUUAAGAGCACUUGCGGUCAUCGUACAUUUGCGUUCCAUGCUAAUUUGGUUCCAAUAUCACUUGAGUUCACGUUUACUAUCUGUGUAUCUAAUUGCUCCCGGCGUAUUAUAUCAAGUAAAAAGCGCCUUCCCAUGGUGACCGCGAAUCUUUUCUGAAUCUGACAAUUUGUAAGUCUUAUACGCAUUUAUCAAUAAAACUUAUUACUUGCGGUCGUUCUGAUGACAUUUUUAUCAUGUUCUUGAUAAUAAUAACGGAGCUCGGAGCUAUAGUCGUGUCAAACACUCGUUGCACACGAAUAGGUAGUGUGCUCUCUGUCACACUUACCUGCGGUGGGCAGCGUCCUGUCUCUUUUUUAAUUGCUUCACGUGCAAAGAGUGUUAAACGCAGCUACAAUUUCAUAGUUUUGUGGUAUGCCUUAUCUAAGAUUUGAGGGACGAAUUUACUGAAUUGCUAACGGCUCAAAACAAUGAUCUGACCAUAUCGAAAUAGCUUAAAGUAUUCGCGAAACAUCUGAAUAUUAUAAGAUUGAUAAAGUAGUCGUAGAUUUAGUAAUAAUUAACAUUAAUUGCAAUACUACUGUUCCUAAUAGGAUUUUAUUCAAAGUAAACCUAAUACCCCAGGAGGGCUAAUGCCGAUGUUAUUUGAAUAACUAGAGAUAUCAUUAAAGUAUUGCGAAUAUUUAGAUAUAUUCCGUAAUGAUUAUGACUCAAAAUCCGUGAUAUUUAAAUAAUAUUACAGUUAAAAUAAUAUUUUAUUUUAUCUAAUUAGAUUGUUUAAAACUUGACUCUUAUUAUUUUCAAUGCAUCUUAUUUAGUUGAUAUUAAUGUUUGUGAAGUAUCUAUACUUAAUUUGUUUGUUUUAUUAUUAUUUUGAAUGCCACUUGCUGUACAAGAAUUGAUUAUUUAUGGAGAAAUAAUAAUCUGCUAAUAUUUUCUUAUAUUCUUUUUAUGUUACUUUAUAAUUACUAACUUUAUCUCUGUUUAUUCUCAAAUUCUUCAAAAUCUCAAAAACUAUAUAUCAAAUCCUGUAAUUGACUUAGACAAAUAUAUAGCUGUGAUAAUUCAGUGCCAGUAAAUAUAUAAUCCAACUAAAAUGACCAUACUUUUUAAGAAAUAGAUUUAAAAAAAACAUGUGUGCGAUAUCUGCAUUAUGGUCUGAGAUUGGUGAAAUAAAUAGUUUUAUUUAGCAUAAAUCUUAGUUUAGGAAAAAUUGCCAAAUAUGUAACAAUGUGAAUGAAGAAUUUAAGCUUAACAUUUAAAUUUUUCUUAAGAAUUAGCAUAUAAUGCAUGGAACAAUAUGAAACCUUUUAAAUUAUCCGAUAUCCUAAUAGUUAUUUACGAUACACGACCGAAGGGUUUGAAAUCGCACGAGUUGCGAAUUACCUAUUCGCACGUGUAUCGUACGUUUUACAGUACAUAUGUCCCUUUAAAUUUUCAACGCAGUUACAUAAUGUGCUUAUUAUAGUACAGAGUUUCGUAAUGGAGCAUUAGAUGUACUGUAAAACAUAUUUUUGUUUACAUUUACAACAAACAUGCUUUCACAAAAACUAUUUCAACAAUUGCCUAUUUACCUGUAAUUUUUAUUAAAUAACUACAUAUGUUGAGAUACAUUGAUACGAUUUUGCAUGGAUCAAUUACUAAAAUAUUUUUGUCAGUCUUAGAAACACCCAUAAAUAUCUUGCAAAAAUUGGAAAUGCAUACUGUUCCGUAAUAAUUCUGAAAUUAUAAGUAUAAGGGCAUUUAUAACUGCAUUUAUUUUGAAUAGACUAGGUUUUAAAUUAUAAGACAAUGUAACCAGAGUUGUGCAAUUGUAUAUCUAAUUUUAUGCGUUCAUACAUUGCAACUUUAAAGUAUGUUAGAUUUUAAAGUUAUAAUGUAUAUGACGAAGUAUGUAUGUAACAUUAAUAUUAGUCAUUUUAAUAUUUUAAUAAACAAUUUUAUAAA